ACAGCCGGGGAGAAAGCGAGUGGUUCCGGGGAGACGAAGGAGAAAGAUGGCCACAGCUAACGUUAGCUAGCUGAUUCCUGCAGGGGCUCAAAAAAUGCUGCGCUCUUCAUCUUCUUUGUCUUAUUUUCUCUUCGAGUGACACACAGCCAUAGCUAAAAAGCACUCUGCGGACAUUUACUGAGAAAUAGUCACUAAACUGUUUGAUUAGAAUGAUUUAAUAAGUUGUUUUUGGAAGGCUGUGUGUGUGUGUGUUAGUGCAGGGGGGAGGGGGGUCUCCUCGGGUCAGCUGUCCCGUCAGUUUAACGUCAGUGAGGAUUGUGGGAACCAGUCGUCAUGGCAGCGCCGAUAAACAUCCAGACUCCCAGUAAGACCUGGGAGCUGAGUCUGUAUGAACUUCACAGGAGCCCUCAGGAGGCGAUCAUGGAUGGGACAGAGGUGGCUGUGUCUCCUCGCUCUCUGCACAGUGAGCUGAUGUGUCCCAUCUGUCUGGACAUGCUGAAAAACACCAUGACGACCAAAGAGUGUCUGCACCGCUUCUGCUCCGACUGCAUCGUCACCGCACUGCGAUCGGGGAACAAAGAGUGUCCGACCUGCAGGAAGAAGCUGGUCUCCAGGCGUUCGCUGCGCCGAGACUCAAACUUCGAUGCGCUGAUCUCGAAGAUCUACCCGAGUCGGGACGAGUAUGAGGCCCACCAGCGCCGCGUCCUGGAGCGACUCAACAGACUGCACAACAAAGAGGCGCUGAGCUCCAGCAUCGAGGAGGGACUCCGACAGCAGGCCCGCUACAGGUCCGAGAGGAACCACCGGGUGAAGAAGCCGACUCAGGAGAGUGACAACACCACCUUCAGUGGGGGGGAAGACAACGGCGAUGCCCGCUCACACCUGUCUCAUGACUCGGCGCCCUCACACAUUCCUCACCCCCCCGGUCAGACCCCGUCAGAAGCAGGGCCGAGCCGCAAGCGGCCGCGAGCAUCAGAUGACGGCUCGGGGCCCGAGGCGGACAGUGGCAGCCCCACCCCUCCACCGAGGUGUCACAAAGAGGGGCCAGCCUCAGAGAUAGAGCUGGUGUUCAGACCACACCCAGAGCUGGUGCAAGCCGAGGACUACAACCAGACCAGAUAUGUGAAGACAACAGCCAACGCCACUGUGGACCAUCUGUCUAAAUACCUCGCUCUGCGUAUCGCCCUGGAGGACAGACAGACCAAAGUAGAGACAGGGGACAGAGGAAGAGAGGAGGGAGGAAGAGGAGAGGAAAUAGGAGCAGGAGGAGAAACUGGAGGAACAGCAGGAAGUGGAGAGGGCUCGAGUCUGAGCACCAUCAGUGAGAAACAGUACACCAUCUACAUCAUGACGAGAGGAGGGCAGUUCUCUACGCUGAACGGCUCUCUGACUCUGGAGUUGGUCAACGAGAAAUACUGGAAGGUGAGGAAGCCUCUGGAGCUUUACUACGCCCCCACCAAGGAACAACAACAACAACAACCACAGCAGCCGCAACAGAAGUCUCCCCCUCCACAGAGGGAGGGAGUUCAGUGAGCUGCUCUUCUCUCCAACCACACAUCUACUUCUGAAGUCACUGCAAUUUCACCGCUUUUUAUUAGCGUAUCUUUUUAAACAUGUACUGGCAUUAAGACGGUCUUGAUUUCAUUUGCAAAGGUGAAAUCUGACCUGAGGCCUGAUUUUUUUGAAGGAUUCAUCAAGAAGAAAAACAAACUUCUAAAUAACAGCAAAUACAUUUUUUUUUUGCUUUUGUGUACUUUACCAGAAGCUGCUCUGGUAAAUAACCCAGCUUCAUUUGAAGAUAAUGUUCUGACAGUUUACUGCUAAUUUGUUAGUCAGAGAUAUUUGGGAUAUAAACUCACUGUAGCUGAUGGACCUGAAGAUGACGAGCGGGACUUUUUCCUUUUGUUUUCCGUCAGUUUGAAUAUCUUAUUGCUUACAAAUACUUAACUGCUUACAUUUAAAAAGACAAAGCUCUGCUGGGUAUCUGAAAUGUUUUUUAGUGCUGGUGCCAAAAUGAAAAUUUUAGUUAACUAAUUACAAAAAUUGGAUUGUUUUUCAAAUACUUUGCUGUAAACGAAAUACUGCAACUGGCAAAGGUAAUACCUGUGGCAGCCUGGUUCAGUCAGAGAAACAUAAGAAAUGAUAAGCACAUUAGCUGUUUACAAGUUAAGUCACAAUUAUACUUAUUCUUGACUUUGAGCUGGAAAGUCUAAAUUUUAACUUCUACAUUUAUUGACUUGUUCAAAAUGGUAAAAUGUAUUUUAAUUCAAAUUUUGUAUUUCUUCAGGCAGAUAGUCCAUUAAUAUAUUGAUAACGUUUGAGAAUUACGAUCCGACUAGUUAUUCGGUGCAAAAGUUUGUUCCUGAUCGUUCAAGACUUAAGGUCUUUCUCUCCAGUAAGAUCAGAGAAAUUACAACUGUCAGUAUUUGGUUGUAAAAACAAUAAAAAGGAAAAAUAGUUCAGUCUUAAGUUUCAAAGAACAUGACUGAAGCCCUGGUCUACUCUGUUGCAUCAGUCAGAAAUUAAUUAAGCCAAAGCUUUAAAAAGGAAUUAUUUUCUUAACCUGUCAAGGGCUGGAGCCUAUCCCAGAAUGCACUGGGGUAGGACAGGAUGACACAUUUUAGGAGCAAUAUUAGUUGGUAAAGAGAUGUCGGGUAUAUAAAAAAAAAAACAAUCGUGA